CCCGCCCGCGCCCGAUGGCGUCCGAAAUUCGUCAGAAUCGAAAGAAAGAAGAUCUGUCAAACACUGCUUUCCUGGAAAAACUAACCCUGCCCUUUGGGUUUCCUAAAUCAUCAACUUCCUCCAACUUUCCUGCUGUGUCCUUUUAUGUUGAAAAGGACAGCGUUGUUAACUAUAUAUAUUAUGCAUUGAGAUUUAUACAGACCAUAUUUGAUCGGAUUCUUCUUCUUCUUUUCUCAAUUGCAGCUGUCAUUUGCAAUGGCGUUCAUUGUCAGCUUAAAUAAAUAUUGCUAUAAGAACAAAAGAGAGAGAGGAGCGUGCAGGAUCAAGUCCCCGAAAUUAACUGUGCAAAGGCUGGGCCAACCGUCCAAAACAAAGACUCGGAGGAGAAGCGCCUUGAAGGAAAAAAUGGUGGCCAAAUUAUUGGAAUUGAAAAUGGAGAUGAAGGAAAUAAGUGAGGAACAGAGUAGCAUCAAGGAGGGGCAAAGACAGGUUAAAGAAACAUUUGAAGCCAUUGAAUCUGAAUGCAAAAAUCUCCGCAAGGAAACAAUGAUCAUUAUGCAGCAGAGUGCCUACACCAGACUUCGACUUGCCUUUAUGUUUCAAAUCCUGAAAGCUCGGGAGAACGAAGAUUUUGCCAAAGCCGCUGAGCUCACUAAUGCUCUCCGCAAACUGAUAGCAAAGCAAAACCAGAAUGACCAUUCUCUGGAGCCAACUGCUGAGGCAGGUGACGAACAAAUGGCAAAAUAAACACUAGAGCUGUCCAAAUAAAGCUGUGUUGUUGCAGCAGUCAAUGUUUGGUCUCACCGUUUUAAUCCGUUGAUCCUUAUAGUUCAAGAUUGGAGUUCUUCUCUCCCUUAAGACUUCCUUAUAUGUAACAUGAAAAAUAAAUAAGUUUUUCACGUUGUUUUUACUUCUGUCUUGUUGAUUUUCUUUAAACUAAGAGGUCUUUGUUUCUAGUUUUAUGUUUGAAAAAAACCUUGGUAGACCAUAGGUAUUGUAACAAAUAAGUUUAUCAUAUGUAUAAUGGGACGAUAGCAUGGUUA